AUGACUCCUGAUGGAAUUCUUUUCAUCAGUCUCUUCUUACACCUUCGACUAAUUGAUGCGUCACAUUUUCGUGGUGGAACAAUCACAUCGCGUCCUUAUAACAAUACCCCAUCGGGUAGUUCAGCUGAUGUUAUUGUGCGAGAGCGAUGGUCAUGGCGUCGAAGUGCAUACUCUCCCAACUGUUCUCCUGCUACUAUUGCUGCACAAAAUCCAAAGAUCGGUGAUUCAAACACUCUCAGCUGUGUAUCUGGAACUUGUGGUGGCUAUUGGACUGGUAUGCCUGUGCCAACAUUUUGUACUGAUUUCAGUGCUCCUCUGGAUGUCGCCUCUGGUGAAUACUAUCAAACAUACACAAUACCACUCAAUGUACAAUUUAGUAUUGCUUUUGCUUCUGGUGCUUGGUUUGGAAAUCUCAUCGUUGGAGGUAAUGGAAACUGGGCUGUUGUUGGUCGAAUCAGUACUGUUGUUCGACCUGAUGGUUAUCUCAACACAAGUCCUGUUGCUGUCAGUCUUCCUAUUCUUUACAAAGAAGUUAACGUUCAACAUGUGCAUGUUGUUCAAAUGUCUGAUUUCGAUGGCACUGACAUCUUACAAUGUCGAUGGUCCGUUGGAGGAACAUCAACCAUCAAUCAGUAUAAUGAAUGUGCUGGUGUGUGCAAUGGCAUACCUGGUGCCAAUCUCAUUGGAGCGAACUGUACAAUUGUGUUCACACUUGUGACACCUAGUUGGUAUGUUGCCGCAGCAUUGCAAAUCGAAGAUUUCUAUAAUGCUGCAGCAUUGUCAGCGAACACUCCGAUGACUUCGGUGCCACUUCAGUUUCUUUUCUAUGGUUAUCCAACACCCACUGGUUGCAGUACACCACCAGCUAUCAUUGGUAGUCGACCAAAUCGAGCUUGUAUUGGUGUACUGGUUGGUGACAAUGUCACUGAAUUGGUAAUCAUUCAGGUUUAUUGUACUGGCAAGAGUAUCAUUGACUAUGUAUCGAGUGUACCUGUUGGUAUGACAAAAAGUGCUAUUCAGAAUCCCAGUACUGGUAUUUAUCAAAUUGUCCUGAGUUGGGUUCCUGUUGCCAGUCAGUAUGGUCCACAAGCUGUUUGUGUGGGUGCAGUCGACAACACAAACAUUCAGACGAAUCAAUGGUGCAUCACUUUUUUGGUUGGUUUCAAAUCACCCGAUGUCAUUCGACCGAAGAUGGUCCAAGGUUCAGCUUCACCCAUCGGUACAAUCUUCCAGAAUCACACCACUUUCUCUAUUCAAACAUCGAUCUCAGUCAAUCGUCCAACUCGUAAUGGCACAAAUAUUUACUUCUACUUUGCCAAUGGCACUCUUGUUCAGAAAUAUGAUUGUGGCUGGGAACCAGAAGUCACAUACACAGGUUUCACCAUUGUCAUUCGUUUUCCUGUUGCACCAUGGCAGCCUGGAGCUUUCUACUAUGUCAACAUGGACAGUGGUGUGGCUAGUGGAACUGAGUUUUGUGGUCCCGAAUCCGCACCCAUGACCGACCCUACAUUCUGGGUGUUUAACAUCUGGAAUCCUGCACUCUCAUCCACAACGACCACGACUACAACGCCCUUUACAACUGUCACAGUCACAACAAAACCAACAUCGACAACAAGUAUCAACACUCUCUUAACAACAACUGGUAUUGUUGUGACAACCACCAGUCCACCGACAACAACAUCCACAGCUCCAACAACGGCGCCACCCACGACAGCUGCACCAACGACAGCUGCUCCAACGUCACCUGGUUCGACAACUGAAUCGACUGUUGCUGUUUUGUAUCCGAAAGACUUUGAAGAUAUGUCUUCAACCUAUUGCUAUUCUGACUGCAGCAUUCUUUGCUGCAAUGGUACCAGUUCAAGGUUUGGCUUUGUUUGCUACAUUUACAAAAUUGGCAAACACAUUCAAUCCAUCAAAGAUUGGUGCACAAGCACGACAUCGACAACGAAUGAAGCGAGUGAUGAAAAAAUAAAUUUGAAUACAUACUAUAUGGACAUUUUCUAA